AUGGACUGCACAUACAAGACAAACAAGUACAGGCAACCAUUGUUUGAAAUAGUUGGUAUGGCAUCAAUUAAAUUAACAUUUGCUGUUGCAUUUGCCUAUAUGGAAUCUGAGCAGACAAAGAAUUUUUGUUGGGUAUUCGAUAAAAUGAAACAGUUGUUUAUCAAGCAGUAUUCUUGUCCUCAAGUAAUCUUGACUGAUAGAGAUUUUGCUUUAAUGAAAGCCAUUGAAACAGUAUUUCCAAAAACAACUAAUUUGCUUUGUCAAUUUCACAUCAACAAAAACGUGAAAUCAAAGUGUAAGGAACAUGUUGUGGAUGAUAUGCGAGAAACAGUGGAGAAAAUGUGGUUUGAACUUACAAGGGCUAGUGAUGAGAUGGAGUACCAUCAAAGGUUGAAACAACUUGAGGAUGCAUGUGUUGACUCCAAAGGUCACCCUAGUUUAAGUUACUUUCCUAUGACGAGUGCACAGUCACCUAAUGCAUCCAUUUACUGCAUCGGAUUUGUCAAUGGAAAUCAUUGGGUUCAGGUAAACAUGAAUGAAGGAUUCUCGUUGCCACCUGUCACAACUGAUUGGAAGAAAUAUCGCAUAAAAGAUGCAACUUCUUGGAUGGUAGGAUUUGUCGGGAGGUUACAAAAUUGGCAACGGCAUACGCCUAUACUGCCAAAAUAUGUCAGAUUAUGA